AACUGCCAAUAGAAAUCAGGAAGGAAUUCUGAACGCGAAACGAUUCUGAUGCUCCGCGGAGCGGGUAGUGUCCGUGGUUCGGUAGUGUCUGUGGGUCCGGCACCGUGUUUCCGUGGAUUCCGAGGCCGAAAUGCAGCGCAGCAAGGCGGCUGGGAGUGUGGAAGUGAGGCGGGUGAUCGGAGCUCUCUGCCGGCUGCUGGCGGGGCUCGGUGUGGAUCCUGUCCCCGCGCCGGAGGCUUUCCGACGGGCCAAGUUUGGAGGAGGACCCGAGGAUUCCUUCUUGCUGCUGCUCUCCAACAUCCUUCAGAGGUCAGGGGUCAUUUCCUCUAAGACCAUCUGCCAGCCGACGGGAGGGAGCAGGGAGCUGGUGGCGGCGGGCCUUUGGCAGAGCGGUUACCAUGGCGACUGGACUUCGGGUGGGCCCAGUUCCGACCCGCUGCUGGCGCUGGGCUGGCUGCUGGCCCAGGGAAUUCUGGAGAAGCUGCUGGCGGCUCGGGCCGCCGAGCUGGACCGCAUGCUGUUGGACACCAGCCCGGCAACGACCGGAACCAAAACUUUAGAAGCCACCGGGCCGGACAGCGUCUCGCUGAGGACACUGCAAUGGCUGAUGGGACGUCUGAGACACCAGGGACGGACGCUGCUGUCCACCGCGGGAGGACAGACGCGAGCGCUGCACGACGUACUUUCCACCAGCCAGGUUUGCUCUCCCGCUCCCCCUGCUGGCCAAAGCUCUGCGGCGCUGACAGAGGACAGCGUGUGCGUCCAGCAGCUCUGUGAUAUCCUGGAGGCGUACCUGAGUUGGAGACGGGUCGAGGACAUCUUCUGGACCUGGAUGGACAGCGUGGCAGACCGCCGUCACACCGGUCCCCACGCCGCCACAUCCUUCCAGGGGCUGGGGAUGUGUCACCAUGGCAACCAGGGGCUGGCCCAGCUGGAGCAGGUGCUGAUGAGGUUGCCCAUCACGCAGGAAACUGAGAGUCUCCGGGGUCAGAGGUCAGAGGACGAUCCAGCUUGCAGGUCUCCUGUCCUCUCUGUUCCCUCCGUCUGUCAGGUGUGGCGUCCCCGGCUGCAGGCGGGGUCCCGAGGGCCGCCUGCAGCCCCCCCGGCUUUAGCGCGCCUCCUGCAGGCGGAGCGGCUGCUACUGCGGCACAGAGCGGCAAGGCGUCUGGCCAACAGGAAGCGACUGCGGCUGCUGAUGCGGGGUCUGCGGCGGCAGGUCUUCGUCCCGCUGUAGGGGAGGAGCUAUUGGUGUUGAUGGAGAGUGGAGCGGCGUUCGGAUCAGAACCGGUUCCUCUGCUGGUCAGAAACCUCAACGUAUCGCUACGUCAACUGGUCUUCUGGUGCCAUGGCGAUCACCAUGAGAACUGAACUGCAUCCAUUUUGAAGUGAUUCUAAAUGGAAGACAGGACUUUACUCCAGAAAUGUUCGGUUCUGGGAAACUCUACGACUAGAGUGGAAAGCUGAGUGGAAGGAAAAAGUUUGGUGGAUGGAGGUUCUGAAUGUUGUGAACAGAAAUAAAUAUUGAAAUAUUUCA